CCCAAAGAGGCCAGAGACGUUGGCGCCUUCGAGCAGGCUGCAUCGGUGGAGUUUUCUUACCUUGACCCCAUCGUCACCAAGCUCGCAUAUGAGAGAUCGUUUAAGAACAUGAUGGGUCAUGGCGAUCCAGAUGCCGCCACGGUCGCCUCUCUCGAGAACAAUCUCAAAGAAUGCCUUGAUUACUACGAGAGGAUUCUUGCAAGCCAAGACUUCGUCGCUGGAAGGCAUGCAACAUUGGUUGACCUCUUCCAUGUUCCCUGGCUCGCUUUCCUCCCGCGAAUCGGGCUCCAGGAUGAAAUUUCUUCCCGCGAGAACGUCAAGGCUUGGGGGAAAAGACUGCAAGAUCGUCCUGCUUGGCAGAAGAUCUCAGAGCGAGCAGCACAUUAA